UAAAACCGGAUAUUGUGUUUCGUGGAUCUUUCUGCUAACUUCGCAAAAACCCUCGCUCGCUCCUGAUCUGGGUCGUUUGAACGUGUUUACCAUGAAUGUCAGUAUAUAGGCGCACAAAAAUGUAAGUGCCGGCUGAUUUGACCACCGAGAUCCGAGUGUUCGCUGAGUUUACCGCAGUCAUAUACGACGGGGGGGCGUAUCGGUCUUGUUUGACUCAACGGACUACCCGUAGUUCCAUGUUAUCAAUGCGGAAGCUGCUAUGAAUGGUUAGAGCGCUAACUGGUAUUAGUGUUUUUAUUCGCAAUUACAGCCACACGUAUAUAAUAGAGACGCGUUUCAUUUAAUGCCGAGACCGUGGCUUUUGUAAUACGUCGUUUGACAAUGCGUCCAUGUGGAAUAGGAUGUUAUGGCUUUCUAUCUCCUCCUAUAUAUCCUAUAAACUGAGGAGCAAGUGUCAUGUCGUUUGCUAGCUAGCAAGUUAUCUUACAAACACACUCGUUAAAAAAAACUAAAAAAGUGUCAACCGUCAACCAGCAAAAUGAAAGUACGCUCGUCUGUGUUCGCCUCGUUCAUUUUAAUAUGCGAAGUGAUUGGCGUUGCCCUCUUCCUGCGGGGAUUCUUCCCAGUGCCUCUAAAGUCCUCCUUCUCGUCCAAGAGCAAGCUGUCAGAUCUGCCAGCGGAGCCGCAGACAGGAAGCUCUCCCAACUCCUCCCGCCUCCCCGAGCCCCUCUUUAAGCGGGUGGUUAUAAUGCUCGUGGACGCGCUCCGGGACGACUUCGUGUUCGGAGCCAACGGCCGCAGGAACAUGCCGUACACCAGGCACCUGGUGGAGAGGGGCUCCUCGCACAGCUACGUGGCCAAGGCGAGGCCCCCCACGGUCACCAUGCCCAGGAUCAAGGCUCUCACCACUGGCAGCAUCCCAGGCUUCAUUGAUGUGGUGAUGAACCUGAAUUCUCCGGCGCUGCUGGAGGACAACCUGGUUUGGCAGGCCAAAACAGCCGGGAAGAGGAUGGUCUUCUACGGAGACGACACCUGGGUUCGCCUCUUCCCCAAGCACUUCAUGGAGCACGAUGGCACCACCUCCUUCUUUGUGUCCGACUACACCGAGGUGGACAACAAUGUGACCCGUCACCUGGAUAGCACCCUCAAGAGGGACGACUGGGACAUUUUGAUCCUGCACUACCUGGGCCUGGACCACAUCGGUCACAUCAGCGGACCUCACAGCUCCCUCAUCCAGCCCAAACUGCUGGAGAUGGACGACAUCCUGAAGAAGAUUCACAGUGCCCUCAUUUCAAAGGAGGCGGAGGGAUCCUUGCCCUACCUGCUGGUGCUGUGUGGAGACCACGGCAUGUCGGAGACCGGCAGCCACGGCGGCUCCUCGGAGGCGGAGGUCAACACGCCGCUGGUGCUCAUAAGCCCGGCCUUCAAAAGAAAAGUGGGAAUGGAGAAGCCCGGCGUGGUGGAGCAGGUUGACCUGACUCCAACGCUGGCCCUGGGACUCGGCCUGCCCAUAUCUCAAAACAGCGUGGGCCGCGUCAUCCCGGGUGUCAUAGAGGAGACCUCUCUCCGAGACCAGCUACGCUUCCUGCAUCUCAAUGGCCACCAGCUCAGCUGCCUGCUCAAAGACAGCACGCCCGACUAUGAGAAAGAGGCAGGCUUUGAGCAGUUCCGCGUGGCAGAAAGGGCUCAUGGGAUCUGGAUGAAGCUCUUCCUGGAUGGCAACACCUCGGAGGUGCUCACCAACAUGGGCAAAAAGGUCCUGAAGCAGUACCUGGAGGCCCUGGCCGCCAUGAGCUCGGCCCUCAGCAAGCAGCUGGGCAAGUACGACAUGUACUCCAUGGUCGCAGGCACGGUGUUUGUGUUUCAGCUCCUGCUGGUCCUGCUGCUGGCCAUGCCCGAAGCCCUCAGCGGCGAGGCGUCCGUGGACCUGCCCGUCCUCUCGGCCCUGCUCUCCCUGCCUUUCUACCUCCUGUGCCUGCUGCUGGCCUCGGUGCACGUCUUGGUGUGCACCUCCGCCGAGAGCUCCUGUUACUUCUGCAGCCUCUCCUGGGGCCUCGUGUUCGCCGCCGUCGCCUUCUCCUCGGCCAUGUUUUGCAUUCUGGUCUCCAUGGCGACGCGGCGAAUCCCCCUGGGGCCGACGAUUCACGGGAAGUCUCCAUUGAGGAGCGGCGGCGGCAGCGAGUGGUCCCUGUCGGAGCUCGACGUGCUGCUGCUGGCCGGCACGGUCGGACACACCCUCAGCUUGGCGGCGAGCAGCUUCGUGGAGGAAGAGCACCAAACCUGGUACUUCCUGCUCAACACCCUCUGCCUCGCCGUCUUCCAAGACGUGUGCCGCAAGUACUUCAGGGAGCAGAGGGGCCACGGAGAUGAGGAAGAGCCCAUCCUCCCUUCCAAAGACGGCCAUCACCCCAAGGCCGAGGUGUGCUCGGAGAAGUGGCUCGCGUUGGCCACGCCGCCCUUCACUCUGGUCUGCUGCCGGCUGCUGCGCUCCCUCAACCAGACCGGGGUGCAGUGGGCUCAUCUUCCCGACGUGGGACAUUGGCUCAACAGCUCUGAACACAGGACGGUGCUCUCCCUGCUGGCUGCUUUCUGCCUGGUUCUUAUCUACCUCCUGGUUCAAAGACGGUGCUCGUGCGUCUCCAAGGUUGCUCUUGCCCUCGGGCUUCUGGGUGUCUACAGCUACCGGGCAGCUGUCGGCAAUGUGUUGUUUCCCUGGCAACACUCCGGUCGAACUACGUCCAAGGGAACCGUGGAGGCGCGCUUUGUCUACGUCUUCAUCUUGGGCAUCUUCUUCACCGGCACCAAAGACCUGUUGCGAUCCCAGAUCGUCACAGCCGAUGCCAAGCUGAAGAGCAGGGGCUUGUGGGAGAUUUACAGCGGCUUGGUCUUGUUGGUUACGCUGCUGUUUCGCGCUCACAACCUGCCGGUCCUGUGCUGCUGCCUGUUGAUCCAGACGCUCAUGGCUCAGUUCAUCUGGAAGAAGCUCCACUACGACGCAGCACAAACCACCAUCAUGCACUACUGGUUUGGCCAGGCCUUCUUUUACUUUCAGGGCAAUUCCAACAACGUCGCCACCGUCGACAUUUCCGUCGGCUUCGUCGGACUGGAAAGUUACGUGGAGGCACCUGCCAUCUUCCUAACGGCCCUCAGCACUUACGCAGGGCCUCUGCUCUGGGCGUGUCACCUCGUCUGCUUCCUCAGCUCACAGAGAGGCCGGAGCCCCGUCGCGGUCGGCCACGGCUGCUACUGUUUGGCCCUGCUGCGGUCGGUGCCGGCUGCCGCCUACAUUGUGCUGGUGACGGCUCUGCGGUACCAUCUCUUCAUAUGGAGCGUCUUUUCGCCCAAAUUGCUGUAUGAGUCCAUGCACCUGCUGCUGACCGCCGGGGUCUGCCUCUUCUUCAACACCAUGGAGCAAAGCCAGAGUCCCAACUUGAUGGCUUCGCUGACGUCACAAAACUUUACAGGUGUGCAGUUGAAAGUGAAGGUCAAAGGGCGUCGGUUCCUCGUCUCGUCCGGUGUGCGUCCAUCGCAACGCGUUCCUUUGUGCUCUGGUUCAUUUUCUCCUUCUAAUGCAGUGCGAUGUCGUCUCGAGGACUGUAGCCCAUCAGGAACAACAGACACAGACUUUUUGUUUGAGGUUUUUCUACACUCCACACGUUUUAUCUACGCGUAUCUCAAUAAGAAUAUAGCGUAGUUAAGUACAGUUGCAUGUAAGAAACACUUGAAACUGGCCAGUGUUAAGUUACUGCCAUAAAUACAUGUUAAUUCAUCUACUACAGCUCAAAGAUCCCAAAGUUCUUCUGCAGGCGCAUAAUUCCCUGUUUUGCUUGCCCUCAUAUCCAGCUGGAUCCCUCUGAUUAUACAUUACAAUUUGGAUGCACAGGUCAUAUAAUUCUCCAGCAUCUGUCAGCGCACUGCAGACUUAUACACUUCUAUCACUUGAGUAAAGCUUGCAAGCUGGCUGUCGUCCAAACCCAGAGUUUGGAGCCAGCGGUGUGUUCCUGCUCCGGUAGUUACGGAGCUCACUCUAUUCCCAUAUAGUGUCGCUUGCCCUCCAUUUUGAAAGUCAAAUAAGAAGACGGAAAUAAGCAGCAAGUUCCCGUAGAUGUUAGUCUCUCCCGUACAUCGUGAACCCAACUGCUUCUGUUACGUGGUGUUUAUUUAAGUCAUAAAUCAGGACCACCGGGUUUUAUUGAAGUGUAAGUAAGUAUUGCAUUAUGAAAUAAAAGCAAAGAUCUCCCUUCCAGCAGUUGUUUUGCUGAGUUAUGGCGUGGCUGUGAUUAUAACCUGGCCAUUCUUCCGUCAUUACCCUUGAACAAAUAAAAUAAACAGGUUGAAAGAGUUGCUGUUAAAACCACAGUGUGCAACUUUUCACCUCAGGGCAACACAAAAAAAGGGGUUGGGGUGCGGGGGGGGGGGGGGGGGAUCCCGCCCCAACACUUGUCACUCACCUUGAUGAGCUGUCUACCUUGAAACGGCAUCUGGCCCGGGGCUAAGAUCACUGACAUCCCCCCCGAGGAGCCUCGGGCGUCUGAGAAGCAGAUGCCAAACCGAGGAAGGAAACGGGUUUAAUUUAAAGAAGAAGCAAUGCAGGUGUUCAGUGUGUUUCUGGACCGACUUCACGCUUUGUUUUUGCUGCCCCCGGCCCCGACAGGGUUGGCCUCAGCGCCGGAUACAUACCGAACAGGAAGCAGAAUUUUUAAUGUCCCGACAAUCAUUGAACAGUCCGACCGACGGGAGGAUUCACAUUUGAAUAUGCGGGGUCACCGGCGCACGCGCGCUGCAUGUGGACGACUCGCAGGCUAGCUGCUUUGCAUCAGAAGCAGGACGCGUUGAGCUUUGAGGGGCCGGACAUGGAGCCACCCUUUUCUAAAUUGACAGCAUUGUCAAGUGCCUUCUCCCACUCUUCGGUUGAAUAAGGAGUCACUCACAGACUUUAAACAUAGAGUGGUGGAAAUAGUGUAUGAAGCUGAUAUCUGUAACCGGACAUGGAAGCUCACUGUGUGUGACGACGUAUGAGACCAAACACACUGUUUGUGUGUGUGUGUGUGUGUGUGUGUGUGUGUGUGUGUGUGUGUGUGUGUGUGUGUGUGUGUGUUCUGAAGAUGAAGUGUUUGACAGAGCCUCUGCAUCCCAUCAGCUACCUUGCACUAAAAUGCACCACUUUGGUUCUGUGGAGUUUAACUCCUGAAGUACUUUGGGACUCUGAAUCGAUGACGUCGUUACAGGGAUCAUUCGUCUCGGCGUUGGCAGCAGACUCGCCGAGGUAAUUUGUUUGUUUUUUGGGGGGCUUUCUGCAGAUGAAGUCGGGGUUUGAGUUUUUUUUUUUUUUGUUCCUUCUUCUUUUCUUGUUAUCUUUGUCCAUUCAUAGUUCUAAACAUGAAAUACCUUCCCACACAACCUUUCGGUGUGGGCGUGUCCGCGGAGCAGAUGACCCAACCACUUCUCGGCAUUUACCAAGAACUCAGAGAAAACCCUCUCCUUAUAAUUGAACUAAUUAUAGGGAGCCGACUUGAAAUGGCUGUUUGCAGAAUAUCAGUUAAAACAUGAAGGAUGAACAAAGUCCGGGUCAAAGUCACCGUGACGAACUUUCACGGAAAGGCUCGACUCGCAGAGACGAACAAUAAUCACGGUAAUAACCACAGCUCCUUUUGAGUUGCUUUAUGGUUUGUUCCUCGUGGACCUCGUGUGCACAACGUGACUGCGCCAGUGCAGGAAGAAGCCUCAAAGUAGCGUCGCACAAAUCUGAUGGGACGACACUCUGCGUGUGAAAUCGUUCCUCUGUAUCCAAAUACCUGGCGGCACAUGAAAUGUGUCAGAUUAAUUGAAGUGUGCACGUGGUUGGAAGCAUUUGAACGCGAGCGAGCGUCCUGUGGGGGUUUUGUUUGAGUCUUGUUUUUGAAAUUCUGUCUUUGUAGAAAUUAGUUCAGUCCACAGUAGUUUUAGUUUUUCUGUUUUUACAGGAUUCUUUUCCAACUGUUAAACUGUUAUUCUGGUCACAUCCCACUUGUUUUGAUGUAGUUCUUGGGAACUGUGAAAUCCAUCCUGUUCAUACAGGAGUGUGUGUGUUUUCUAUCACUCCGUUUGUCUCCUCUUAAGCUGAAUUAUAUCCCUUUUUUCUUUCUACCUUAUGAUUUCUCUAUCUUCUAAUUGAGCCUUUUUAGCUUCUUUUGUUCAUUGCAGAUUUGUGCAACAAAUAUAAAAUCAUGAAAAGUGACAGAUGAGUUGAAUUCUUUUAUAAUGACUUGUUCUUGCAUUAUUUAUGCCCUUAAUAAUUAAAUAAAUGAUUUACAACACUGGA